GGCAGAGACGUACAGACAUGGCAGUGGAAGUGAAACUGCUUCUCUGGCCAGAUCUUGAGCUUUCUUCCUGCUCCCCGCCCCCCGUCGGUGCUGUUACGUUGCGGGCUCCACCGGCGGUGCAUCUCCAUGUAUUCAGUACCCAUGGAGGUAUUCUUCUAGCUGGAUGGUCUUUUGCAUAUUUUACAAUUAAGGACAGGUUGCCUCAAAUCCUAACUAAGGUUAUUGAUACUUUGCACCGACAUAAAAAUGAAUUCUUUGAAGAAUAUGGAGAGAAAGGCAUUGAGGCAGAGAAGAACACUAUAUCCAUCCUCUCUAAGUUAAGAAAUGAGCUGCAAACGGACAAACCGUUGGUUCCCUUGGAUGAUAAACUCCCUGAUGUUCCACUGUGGAAUCAAUACCUAGAAUAUCAACAAAAUUUAUUAGAUGGAAAUGAACAGCCAAGCUGGUUUCAGUCCCCUUGGUUAUAUGUGGAGUGUUACAUGUACCGCCGGAUUCAUGAAGCCCUAGUUCAUAAUCCUCCUCUUGACAACUACGAUGUAUUUAAAGAAGGAAAGGUUCAAAGCUUCUUUGAAUCCCAACAAGCUAUUAUUGCCUUAUGCACUUACUUGCAGGAACUUCUUAAAAACAUUGAGGACCUAGAUGAAAAACAACUUCAGGAAGAAUUUUUUAAGCUGCUGCAGAUUUCAUUGUGGGGGAAUAAGUGCGACCUCUCCUUUUCAGCUGGUGAAGACAACUUUCAGAAAGCCAGUCCUCUAAAAUCACUGGACAACUUGAAACCUUUCAUCUUAGUGGAUGAUAUGGAAGGCAUUUGGUCAGUGCUUAUUAACAGCAAGAAAAGAAGAACGUCAAAAGAUGUUACUAGAGUUGACAUAGUCCUGGAUAAUGCUGGAUAUGAACUUAUUACUGAUCUAGUACUGGCUGACUUCCUGUUAUCAUCAAAGUUAGUUACUGAAAUCCAUUUCCAUGGAAAGUGUAUUCCAUGGUAUGUAUCGGAUACUACAAAGCAAGAUUUUAACUGGACUAUUAAACAGCUGCAGUCUGCUAAUAAUAGGUGGAUGUCUAGGUGUGGGAUGAACUGGGAGGGCAAUAUUAAAAAAGGAGUUUUGGUUUACCAUGAUCACAUGUUUUGGACUCUGCCACAUGAAUUUUGUAGUAUGGCUCAGGUUGCUGCUGACUUGUAUGCUGAGCUGCAGAAGUCACAUUUAAUUAUUUUUAAAGGUGACCUCAAUUACAGGAAACUAACUGGAGAUAGAAAAUGGGAGUUUACUGUUCCAUUUCAUCAAGCCUUAAACAAAUUUCAUCCUGCACCUCUCUGCAGCUUGAGAACACUAAAAUCUGAUGUUCAGGUUGGUCUGAAACCUGGACAAGGUGAUCAGUUGGUGACUUCUGAACCUGACUGGAUGAUAUGUGGGAAAUAUGGAGUAGUUCAGUUUGAUGCAUCUUUGUGAUUCAGGUGUGAGGUUGAUAGUUUACCGAGGGAUAGGUUUAAUUUGCACUGUUUCAGAGAGCUGUGCUUUUGCUGUUCAAUUUUGGGCUUUUCGUUUACCUGUUUCUGGUAAGUAGCUUGUUGUUACUGAUUUACAAAAGCUAAAGAUGAUGUACAACAGUUUACAAACUUUCCUUUUAAGACUCAAGUUAUUAAAUUGUAGAUCUUUUAUGAUCUAAAAUGUCAACAGAUGUUGCAGAUGAACAUUACUUCAAUUGUCCCUAAGAAUACUUUAUCUUUCAGUAAUUAAAGAGAAUUAAUGCUCAGUGGAAGAUACAAUUUACUUGUGGAACUGGUUCCAUCUUCGCAUGCAUUUACUGUUCCAGUACUGUUUGGCAUUUUCAAGUGCCAUGUGUUGCAUGGUACUUAGAUUCAUGAAUUCAAAAAAAAAAAAAUUAACUUCUCGGUUUUCUGCAUCACUGCAGCAGAGGUCUUAUUUUAAAGCUGUUUGAUUUGUCUUUGACAAAGAGUAUUUUACAUAAAUUGACAAUGUUUUCUCAUCUGUGUGGUCAAUAGUUUUUGCCAUUCUGAAAGCUAUUAAAAAGAACUAAGUAGGUAUAGUCAGCAGUGGGUUAAGGAAGGAUCAUUUGGGGUGAGACCAUGGUCCUGUAAAGAAGACUCAGAUGCCCAACUGAGUCAGAGCACUAAGACACAAGUAAGUAGUACCUGCUAGCUGUCUGCCAAGUGGGGUAGUCCCCCUCCCCUUCCAUGACAAGUUCAGACUCUGAAAUUGGGAGUAAGAAUCCAUCUUUAAAGAUGUGGAAAGAAUUGUUUGAGACUGUGACAAGCCAGGGGUGUGAUUUUUUUUCCCCCCCUCCCACUUGUGAGCACAUACUCAGUCUUGCUCUCACAGCCAAGCUGUGCCUUUACUGCUGCUACCCUGUGUGACUACAACUACACUACUGUUUAUACUUGCGCUAGCACAAUGAGAGCUAGCAUGAGUAUGUGUAAGAGAGCAGGGAAACCACACCCCUACUUCAUUUAGAUGUAGCCUGAAUAGGGUUGUGAGGGAGCAGAUAUCUUGGUAAACUCAUUCAGGAUUUAUGCUUAAUCCUUCUUUGUAUUAGAGAGAGGGCACAGGUAACAAUAUGUACAGUUAAAGUUGCCUGACUUUCCAUUAAUGAUGCAACCCUUUUUUAGCUGCUUAUAACACUGCAAGAUUUAUCUGUUUCAGAUGAAAUUUUCUCCGCCUCCUGUUGAAAAAAAUUUUUUUUUUUUUGAAAGUUUCAGCAAAAAUGUUUCAACUGUUCUCAAUAAGGUUAGGAGAAAAUAUUGAGCAUUCUUAACCCAGCAGCCCUGCACUGGAGAAGGACUUUCCCAUGAGUUCCUCCUCCCAGCAACCAAAUGUUGGGAGCAGGAACUAAGCAGUGGUAUUUUCUUUCCUAUGCUAUUGUAGUCCAUGCAGUGAGGUGGUGGCAGUGGUCUUAUUGUAAUAGAGGGGUGAGAAGCUAGGCCUAGGGAAGGAGUAGGGCAGGCGGUCUCAGGUGAGCUGGGUGUAGUGGGGGAGCUGCAUGUAUGGGCCGGGGGGAAGAGACCUGGGACAAGGACAGACUGGAAGGACAAGGGGAGAAGGGUCUGGUGCAGGGGCGGAGAAGUACGCACUGGGGUCUAACCAUUAUUGCACACGCCCCUCAGAACGUAGACUAAAUCCCAAAUUCCUGUGCUGUCAGAAAAUUGCAGUGCAACCUGUCUUUCAUCUCCCUCUAAUAGAGAGUGCAUACGCAGGGUGACAACCUACCACUGCUGUGAAUUACUGUUAGCUCAAGCAGCAGGUAUCUGUGAGGUGGGUCUAAAGGUUCCUGCUCUGCUAAUGACUGCUUGGGUCUCACUAUAAGCCCCAUGUUGGAAUUUUUUUCCCCAAUUUGCCUUUUUUAAAGCUUAGGAGAUUACAAAUACAGAAUCUACAGAAAGAACAUUAAGGUUUAAAAAUGAAGUACUCAACAGCUAGGAAAUACCAGGAAGAAUUGUCCUGUGGUUAGGGUUCCAGCUUGGUACUCAAGCCUCUGUUCUGUUGCCUGCUUUCACAGAUUUUCGGGUUUACUGUGGGUAUGUCACUUAAAGUGUGCCUCAGUUCCCCAUCUGUAUAAUGGAGAUAGCAUUUCCCUACCUCACUGGGGUGCUAUGAAGCACUCAGUUUCUGCAGUAAUGUGGGCUAUAUAAGCAUCUUAGCUAGAAUUAAGCUUGCCUAGGCAACUGUCAUUCUCUUCCCUACCCUUGAGCAUAUGUUUUGAUAGUCUCUAAUUACAUGACAUCCUGUAUUUUUGCAUGGUACCUGUACCUCAUUCAGUGCAUAGGAUGGACAGUGCUCACUUGAAUAGCAGCUAGUGGAUUUCAUUUGUUGUCAUUGGCCAGUAUGUGACCCCUUGCUUUAAUUACUGUACACUAUUCAAACCUUGCUCUGAAUAUAGAAGUAUUAAUCAGA